AUACCCAGAGGAGCACAAGUAACUGCGUCUAGAUACCUAGAAAGAUGAACGCGCGUUAUAACCCAUUAACUGCGGAGGAAUUUCAAAUUAUUAGUAAAACCAUAUCAUAUAUUAGGAAGUCCGAUAUUCAGGAAUUUGGAGAGGGGUAUCUUGCCAAGUUUGGCGGCGGACAAGGAACUUUUCCCGAGACGUCUUGAUAUGAAAAUAGGCAAAAUAGCUGACAGCAAACAGCAAACAACCAUGGAGUCUUGGCUAUCUUCGCAAAGAGCAAAGCCCAUCUGGGCGUGCAUACUUUCCAUAGAAAAAUCGCAGGUCCGCUCGAAUUAGCGAUCGUGGGACAAUUACCUAUGCUCACUUGCCAUGUUUGCUUUCCUCAUUACCUGAAUUCUCUUUCUGUUUUUGUAUUCGUUCGUGUUCUGGUCUGAUCAUUUCUUUCUGGAAUCAAUACCAUCAGAUAUGAUUGUAUGAACAUGUUGAAACUUUUAAUUCCAUGGUUUGCGCUGCUAGUUUUAGUUCAGAAUAAGGUUGAGGCACAUUCGACUACUACGUCUAGUACGGUGCCGACGCAUGUAGUUUCGGUAGGGAUUGAAGGAUUGCAGUUCACGCCGAGGGAAUUGAGUGCGAAUGUCAGUGAUGUGAUAGGUAUGCGCUUCUUGGGAACGAAGUCUUUAUAAUUAUAUAGUGUAUGGGACAUACUAAUGAAUCUUUCAGAAUUCCGAUUCUAUCCUCAGAAUCAUUCGGUCGCAAGGGCAGAAUAUGGAAGCAAUAGAGCAUGCAUACCAUAUGAAGUUACGGGUAUCAACAAGCGAGGCUUUUGGAGUGGUUUUCAUCCAAUUAAUGUCGUGUUAAAUGAUGUUUGUACAAUCAUUGAAUAUAGUUGGGAAUUUGGCAUUGCACAGUCUAAUUUGAGAUAAUCUAGCCUCCGAAAUUCCAAGUCGUAGUUAAUGACACGGAUCCGAUCUUCUUCUACUGUUCCUCUUCAGGUGCUUGUCAUGAGAAGGAAAUGAUUGGUGUGAUUAAUGCUGUAUGUGCAACUAUCCUGUCUCAAUGAACAAUGUUUAGUUUCGCAUACUCACUGUUCAAUGUUAGAACUCAACUCAAACACUCGCAAGUCAAUUGGCAUAUGCGAAGAACUCCUCGUUACAAUUUAGUCCCGGUGAAAAUUUCCCCGUCGAAGCGGAAGCCUCCCCAACCUCAACUACUCAUCCGACCUCCACCUCAUCCCCGAACCAACCCCCCAGCACGAGCAGCUCUUCUGCCGCAAUAAUCGUCACAGACCCAUCACCUUCCUCUUCGCCCUCAAAACUAUCUCCAGGCGCCAUAGCAGGAAUAGUCAUUGGCGCAUCCGCGCUCGUCGUCCUAGCCAGUGCGCUCCUCUAUCUAUGUAGCCGCCAACACACAAUCAAAGAAAUCAUGCACCAUAACUCCCGCCCACCAAACAUGACCUCUAAUCCGCAUAUCAAUCAUCCAGGUGGUCCAAAUACCUUAUCUUACAUGCCCCCCUCUGCAUCUCUUUCCGAAACAACAUAUUACACUAAACCCCGCCAUCUAAUGACCGAAAAUGAAAUUCGAGGCUUAGGACAGUUUUCCGGCGCGGGAAGCGAAAAUCAUUCUCAUCUCUCUGAUUCACAUGGGGGAAGUGAAGGUUAUGUGCGGAGUCGGAGUCGUAGUCCUGGGGCUGAUGAAUAUGGAAUGGUGAUUCCACCGUUGAAUUUGGGGGGUACUGGGGCUGGGGCUGCGACUGGUAGAGGAGGAAGUAGAAGCCCGAGUUAUCAACAGGGGAACGCGGGUGGAAAUGGAGGUGGGAGUUUACCGAAUAGUCCUGAGAUGCCAGGGGCCUUGGGUGUUCAAAUAGGGAUGGGGGAAAGAUUGGAGAGGGACAGGGAAAGCGAGAGAUUGAGGGGCUUAAGGCAAGUUAUUCCAUAAUCUUCCUCCAUAUCCCCCAUCAAUACACCACCAACUAACCUCAUCAAAGGCCAUCUCCCUCUCCCGGACCUCCGAAUCAUUUCCAUUCUACCACCCCAUCAUCAGGGCCUCACGAAUUAGCUACGCAUCAAGAUCAAGAGAGUACGCGCGGCUAUAAUCGUACUCAUACUCAUGACCGUUACGAUGAUCCGGAAAUGUGAAUAUUGAGUAAUUUUUCUCUUUUUCCUAGUUAGGCUGAUUGGUGGGUUUGUAAUCUUACCUACCUUGUUUUAUCUUUUUUCUUUUUGUUUUUUUCCUCGAGGGUAUUGCAUGAAUUGUACCUUUUUUUUUUACUUGGGUGUUGCAGUAUGUUGUAGUGUUGUAGUGUGUUGUGUCAUAUAGAUACAGCUAUUACUAUUACUAUAUAUGACAUUAAUAGACGGAUGCACAGAUACACGGAUACACACUAAUAUAUCAUAGAGACACUAGGUUAACCGGUCAAGGAGGCGGAAAUACAUUCUUUUGGGAUAGAGGGGAAUCGAGAUGAAUAUUAGUUGCAGUCGGUUCGCUUUUAUGUGUGUGUGUGUGUGUAUGCGUGUGUUUCUUCUGAAAGAAGAGUAAGGUUAUUGGAGUCAGGAGUUGGAAAAUGGAUGGUAUAUAUAUACAUACUACUGGACGGUGGAUAUUGAUGGGAUUGGGGGGGGCCCCGUGUUUUUUUUUUC